CACCCCUCCUCCUCCGUCUCCGCCGCCGCCGCCUCCCCGACAACAACAACCAUUUCCGACCCGGAGGCUGUAACGGCACUUCCAGAACCACCGUCAAAGCCGAAACGUAGCUCAAGGGACAAAAAAUCGAGUCCAGAUGCCAACCAGCUGAAAUUAAACUGGCUGGAUUCGCUCACUUGUCCUUUGCCGGAUGAUUUUGGCAACCCGGUUUCAGAAGGCUCCGACCCGGGUUGGGUCAUCGGAGUCGACCCGGAUCUUUCUGGAGCCCUAGCCGUUUUGAAGCCCGAUACUUCUGCUCAGGUAUUCGAUUCUCCUCACUUGAAAGUACUGGUUGGAAAAGGACUCCGAAAGCGUCUCGAUGUCAAAUCAAUCAUUCAGUUGCUUCGAGAUAUUGAUGCUCCAAUCGGAACGACUGCAUAUAUAGAGCAAUCGAUUCCAUACCCCCAAGACGGUAAGCAGGGAUGGUGGAGUGGAGGAUUUGGAUACGGGCUAUGGAUCGGAAUAUUAGUUGCAUCUGGAUAUUCCGUUAUUCCAGUUCCGUCGUUAUUGUGGAAAAACGAGUUCAAACUUGCAGGAAAUCGCUCAACCAAGGACGAUAGCAGAGAGCUUGCAUCGGCAUUAUUCCCCUCGACGAGUUCCCUUUUGAAACGGAAGAAAGAUCACGGUCGUGCUGAAGCGCUGCUUAUUGCAGCUUACGGUAAAGGGUUGAAGGCGAACGAACGCUGAUACUUCAUUCCCCAAAACAAUUUGAUGACAAUAACUCAAAAAAUUAUGCAUGAUUUAUUGAGGGU